AUGUACAGGAUGAUGUGGGAGUAUUUCUUCCCAGAAGAAGAGCAAGACUCCCAACGGCGGCAGGAAGUUUGGAAGGUUUCAACAACUGCUAGCUCAAGACGAGUAAGGAAAGGUUCAUCUAUGCAUGAAGCUUCUGCAGCAAGCAGUCACCCUAUUAAAGAAGGUGAUACCUCCUCCAAAUCAAGUGCCGCUGCAGUAAAUUCUAUGUCUGGAGCCAGUCAGUCCUCAGUCCAUGCUGAUUCCUCCCAAGCAUCAAAGUUGCAGAACCUAAAAGCAAAUAUUGUCUGUGGUUCAACUCCUGAACUAAGACGAACAUCAUCUUUCGAUAGAACAUGGGAAGAAACUGUGGCAGAAUCUGUGGCUACUGAACUUGUAUUACAGGUUCACUCUUCGAGUAUGUCUUCAUCAAAAAGUGGGCCUCUUGCUUCUGUGGAGCAACAAGAUGAACCUACUAGAAACAAAUCCAAAGAAAUGAAAAAUGUCAAAUCUGGCCGUUCCUCUCAUGAAGAGAAAAAGGUAGGGAAAACGCAGGAUGAGAAAAGAUCUAGGCCUCGAAAGAAUAGGGAGUUUCACAAUAUCAAGAUAAGUCAGGUUGAGCUACUAGUUACUUACGAAGGAUCAAGAUUUGCUGUGAGCGAGCUAAGGUUGCUGAUGGAUACAUUCCACCGUGUUGAAUUCUCGGGAACAUGGAGGAGAUUGUUCUCACGAGUUAAGAAGCAUAUUAUUUGGGGAGUGCUAAAGUCUGUCACUGGAAUGCAGGGUAAGAAGUUUAAAGAUAAAGCACAUGGUCAAGGAGAAUCCAGUGGAGCUGUUCCUGACAGGGAUCUUAAUUUCAGCGAUAGUGAUGGAGGUUCAACAGGGAAAUCUGAUCAGUACCCUAUCUCUUGGCCCAAGCGUCCCAGCGACGGAGCAGGUGAUGGAUUUGUCACCUCCAUUAGGGGCCUUUUCAAUUCUCAGCGCCGCAAGGCGAAGGCCUUUGUGCUUCGGACGAUGAGGGGUGAAGCAGAGAAUGAUUCUCAUGGCGAGUGGAGUGAAAGUGAUGCAGAGUUCUCUCCAUUCGCCAGGCAACUAACCAUUACAAAAGCUAAGAGGCUAAUAAGGCGGCAUACGAAGAAAUUCCGUUCAAGAGGACAAAAAGGUGUAUCUUCUCAGCAGAGAGAUUCACUUCCAUCGUCGCCUAGAGAGACCACACCUUUUGAAAGUGAUUCUUCCAGCGGAUCAUCUCCUUAUGAAGAUUUCAACGAGUAG